AUUUCGAAGAGCUGUUUGAGAAGGUAACUUGUGUUUCUUAUCUUGGAUUGCUUGUGUAGUUACCUUUGUUGUAUCUGUUUGUUUGUGUACGGAUUUUUUUUUAAUGGUUAUUUGGAAGUUUCGAUUGGAAAGACAGUGAGGUUGUAUAAAAGUUCAAGCUUCAAGCUUGGAGUUGGGGGUGAUUACGUUUGCGUGUCAAGAAUAUUCUGUACACACACACAUACACAAACACAUUUAGUGUUGCGCUUUGUAAUGUAUGGGAAAUGUGGAGUUUUCAGCAUGCACAGAAGGCGUUUGAAGUAAUUACUGACUUAAGAAUGUAGACGCUGAGUUUUCAGUCGUUGGUGAAAUUAACUUGAAAGUGAGUGUCGGUUUAUGUUUCCUGUGGACUGGUUAGUCAUGGUGACACGUUCGCUUGGUUUUCUGAAGGUUAGCUGUAACCGAGGAUCAGCUCAGGAUCGAUGGGAAAAGCAUCAAGGGACAAGCGGGACAUUUACUACAGGAAAGCCAAAGAGGAAGGAUGGCGUGCACGAAGUGCCUUCAAAUUGCUUCAGAUUGAUGAGGAAUUUAACAUAUUUGAAGAUAGUUGUCAAUAUAAUGCCAUACUAUGCAGGGGUAAAGCGUGUGGUAGAUUUAUGUGCAGCACCUGGAAGCUGGAGCCAGGUUUUGAGUCGAAAACUAUACCUGCCUGCAAGGCUGUCACCUGAUUGCAAGAGUGGUGAUCUACCACUUAUUGUGGCGAUAGACUUGCAGCCUAUGGCUCCUAUUGAAGGUGUUAUUCAAGUUCAAGGGGACAUUACAAAUGCAAGGACAGCUGAAACUGUAAUUCGACAUUUUGAUGGGGGCAAGGCUGAUCUUGUUGUGUGUGAUGGGGCACCUGACGUAACUGGCCUGCAUGACAUGGAUGAAUUUGUUCAGUCCCAACUCAUUUUAGCGGGACUUACCAUAGUUACACACAUACUGAAAAUAGGUGGAAAGUUUAUUGCAAAAAUAUUUCGAGGAAAGGACACUAGUCUCCUUUAUUGUCAGCUAAAAUUAUUCUUCACGGAGGUUACAUUUGCUAAACCGAAAAGCAGUCGCAACUCAAGCAUAGAGGCAUUUGUAGUUUGCGAGAAUUACUCGCCUCCCGAAGGCUUUAAUGAAAAAGAUCUUCACCGACUCCUUGAGCAAAUUGGAAGUCCUUCGGGUGCUUAUGAUUUAGAUUGUAGCAGUGGGUGGCUCGAAGGGCCUAACAAGGUUUAUAUUCCGUUUUUGGCAUGUGGUGAUCUCAAUGGUUACGACUCAGAUCGUUCGUAUCCACUUCCUAAGUCAGCUGAUGGAACUUACCAGAGCUUAGAUCCGGUACAACCCCCUAUUGCACCACCGUACAAGCGUGCUUUGGAGUUGAAGAAAGCUGCAAAUCAUGGGACUCAAGGUCUUGAAAAGCUUUCUCUUGAUUCAUGAAUAUGGACUUGGUGAAAUCUUUUGUAUCAAGUAAAUGGCAUUUGGAAUUUGUUCGAAUUUUCUCGCGGAGGACUUUUUUGUUGUGUGCUAUAUUAUUUUCUUUAGAGAUAAAAACAAUUUCCAUUACGCUUUAUAAUGAAAUUGUUUUCUUGAAAGAGAAGCACAAAAAUAAAUUCAUGUGAAUGUGUG